CGCAUGCGGGACUCACAAGGCUGCAGCCGGCGCCGCGGCCACUCCCGGGAGCAUGAAGGACCGAACCCAAGAGCUCCGCACGGCCAAGGACAGCGAUGAUGACGAUGAUGUCACUGUCACCGUGGACCGAGACCGCUUCAUGGAUGAGUUCUUCGAACAGGUGGAGGAGAUCCGAGGCUUCAUUGACAAGAUCUCAGAGAACGUGGAGGAGGUGAAGAGGAAGCACAGCGCCAUCCUGGCCUCCCCCAACCCUGACGAGAAGACGAAGGAGGAGCUGGAAGAACUCAUGUCCGACAUAAAGAAGACAGCAAACAAAGUGCGCUCCAAAUUGAAGAGUAUCGAGCAGAGCAUUGAGCAGGAGGAAGGCCUGAACCGCUCAUCCGCCGACCUGAGGAUCCGGAAGACACAGCACUCCACACUGUCCCGGAAAUUUGUGGAGGUCAUGUCUGAGUACAAUUCGACACAAUCUGACUACAGGGAGCGCUGCAAGGGCCGAAUCCAGAGGCAGCUGGAGAUCACUGGCCGGACCACGACCAGCGAGGAGCUGGAGGACAUGCUGGAGAGUGGGAACCCGGCUAUCUUUGCCUCUGGGAUCAUCAUGGACUCCAGCAUUUCGAAGCAGGCCCUAAGCGAGAUUGAGACUCGGCACAGUGAGAUCAUUAAGCUGGAGAACAGCAUCCGUGAGCUGCAUGACAUGUUCAUGGACAUGGCCAUGCUUGUGGAGAGCCAGGGGGAGAUGAUUGACAGGAUUGAGUACAACGUGGAGCACUCCGUGGACUACGUGGAAAGAGCCGUGUCUGACACCAAGAAGGCCGUCAAGUACCAGAGCAAGGCGCGCCGGAAGAAGAUCAUGAUCAUCAUCUGCUGUGUGGUCCUGGGCAUUGUCAUUGCCUCCAUCUUUGGAGGUAUCUUUGGAUAGAAACUACCCCACCUGCCACUCCACUCUGGAUGGUCCACCCUAAGGAAGCCCCCUGGCUGCUGACGCCCUUCGGCUCGGAACCUCUCCUUCCCACUCCACACUGCUCCUUUCUGUAACGGGGCUCUCCAUACCCACCCUGCCCUGAGCCGUCGUGUGCAUGAUCUUUGUAACAGUGUGCGUCUGUACGAGAGAGGUAGAGGGGAGCCAGGCUGGAAACAGCCAGUGGGGUGGGGACAGGUCAGCAAGGGACAGACUCAGGCCCUGGCCCAGGCUGCCUCACCCUUUAUAGGCAGGGCUGCGGGAGGUAGCCAUGUUCCCCUUCCUCUGCCUCUAGUAAUUCCACUCUUAACCCGGGGGUCUGCCUUCUCUGGGUAUCAAGACUCUCUGGACUCUAACCUUGCCUCCUAUUGACCCACCCAUCUGCCCUGUCUUCUCCAGCUGUCCCCCUAAGCCCAGCCCCCUGAGGGGUGGGGACCAGCUGGCCACAUGGUGCUGCUUUUCAGGUUAGGGGAGGGAUGGCCCUGAGAGACAGCCCAGCUCUAAGCCUCUUAACAGCCAAUCACUGCCAGGGAGGCUCAGGGUGCUGUGGCCAGGUGGCUUCUGGCCAUGUUAAGACCAGGCUCCCUCCCCUACCUAUGGGCAGAGUCCAACAGGUCUUUGACUGCCUCAACCUCCCUUCCCACAUUCCUAGAGCACCAGGAGCAACCUGGGCUUUGCCUGACCCCAGAUCACAUCCUGGAAGAGGCUGGCUGGUGCCUGGUCUCCAGCCACCCUUGGAGCUAGAGAGGCAGAGCAGGCCCCGGUCUGGCCAAGCCCACAACCUGGGCUAGCCGUUCUCCUCAGCAGGCCUUAGUUAGGUCAUCAAGCCAUUGUGUUGCAUGUUUGGGACAGUGGUCCCUGCUCUUUUGUGCUCUGGGAAGUCAGGUAUCACUUCAGGCCUGCAAUCACAUCCUCCCCUUGCUUGUCCCCCAUUGAUGUGCCACGUGAGUGUCAGGUGUCUUGGAUGCAGUAUUCAGCAGCUAGCCAGGGAGGGGUACCUCCCUCCCCACCAUCUCGGGGCUUUUCAAGUCAGAAAUGUGCCCCCACUUCAAGAUCCUUCUCUUCCUCGUUGACAGGCAAGGAGUGUGCAUGCAAGUGCAUGCGGCAGGGAGUGGGGCCAAGUCUGAGCCCCACUUCCCUCAGCUUUGCUCCUGCCCAGUGACUGUGACCACUGUCCGUGUUGCCUUCUUUAAUGACUUCCCUGCCCUCCUUUACCCCUUCACCAAAGGUCUUGGUACAACCAGCUGCCCAUUUUGUGAAAUUUUUAUGUAGAAUAAACAU